AUGGCAAGUGAUCGGUUGAUUAAAAGUAGCAGUGGGAAAGAUGAUCCACUUUAUGAAACAUUGGACAAUGCGAAAAACGAUUCGGGAAAAAUAAUCGACACGUUCGGCCGAUCGUUGCAACAUUUCCAUUGGCCUGACUAUGUUGUGUUCGUGUUGAUGUUGGCGAGCUGCAUCAUGAUUGGAAUCUUCUUCGGGUACAGACAUCAUCUAAAACGCAUCCGCCAGGGACAAUCGUCGUCCGGAAACGAAACGGAAGCUCAGGAUUAUUUGGUCGGGGGCAGAAAGAUGCAAAUUUUCCCCGUUGCCGUUUCGUUGGUGGCUAGCUGGGUGUCCGGUGUUCCAAUGCUGGGAACCGUCACUGAGAUCUACGUUUAUGGCACACAGUUCUGUUACAUUGUGUUUUCAAUGAUGCUUGCGGGUGUGCUAAUGUAUUACCUUUUCUUACCGGUGUUUCACGAGCUACAGAUAACUUCUACAUAUGAGUACCUUCAACAUCGCUUCGACUCACGGAUGAGACUGUUUGGGGCGAUUCUAUUCACAUUGGGUUGCUUGCUGUGGAUGCCUAUCGUGAUCUACGUUCCUGCUUUGGCGUUUAACCAAGUAACCGGACUAAGCGUCCACGUGAUUACACCAAUCGUUUGCAUAAUAUGUAUAUUCUACACCAGCAUUGGGGGCCUGAAAGCAGUAGUAUGGACCGACGUGAUCCAGUCCGGAGUGACGUUGUUGGCUUUGUUGGCUGUGUUAAUCAAAGGCAUUCUCGAUAUAGGAGGUCCUGCAGAAGUUCUAGAGCGCAAUGUGGUUGGCGAACGGCUAGAAGCACCAAUCUUUGAUCCUAAUCCAACACUUGGCCAUUCUUUCUGGAUCAUGCUGUUCGGAGCUCCGGUGUGGGUAUGCGAGGGUAUAGCAUGCAGCCAAGAUAUGGUCCAACGGUUCCUGUCUCUACCUACCCUGAAAGAUGCUCGUAAAGCUUUAAGCUGGUUUGUGAUUGGGUGGAUUAGUAUAAAUGUGAUAUUCUUCCUGAUCGGGAUGCUUGUGUAUGCUACGUACUAUCGUUGUGAUCCGCUAACGACAGAGUUGGCUAAGGCAAAGGAUCAACUGCUGCCGCUAUUUGUGAUGGAAACGUUUGCGGCGUACCCGGGCAUGACUGGAGUGUUUGUAGCAGGUAUCUUCAGUGCGGCUCUGAGCUCGUUGUCCUCGGCUUUAAAUGCUCUUUCGGCCGUAACGUUAGAAGACUUCUGCAAACCAUACUGUAAGAAGCCGCUGACAGAGAAGCAGAUCGGCUAUAUCAUGCGAGGCUCUGUGUUGGUGUACGGUGUCCUAUCCGUACUGCUAUCUUUGUUAGUAGAGCAUCUCGGUACAGUGAUGCAGUUAGCAAUGACGUUAAGCUCUGCCUCAGCAGCGCCGUUGCUCGGAAUGUUCGUUAUGGGUAUUCUGAUGCCUUGGGUUAAUGGAACGGGAGCUUUGUACGGAGGCAUUACAGGACUGGCGACCAUGUUCUACAUGUGCUAUAACGCGGAAUAUUCGAUCGCUUUAGGCAACAAGACGUUCGAUACGAAACCUGUAUCGGUGGAGGAAUGUCCAUAUGACAUUUCUUACAUAAACGUAUCUACGAUCAAUGGGGAGAAAGAGUUGGACGAUAUAGGUAGUCCUAUCUAUCAUAUAUCGUACAUGUAUUUUACGCUUUUCGGUAUGAGCGUGACUUGUUUGGCAGGAACGGUAAUAAGUUUGCUUUCGAAGAGAUUAUGCAAAGGACGACGGCAAACGGUGAAUCCUAAGCUAUUAGCACCGUGCAUUAGAAAGAUACAGUUCAACGAAACAUCGUGA